AACAUGUUGAAGGCAGCGUUGGUCGUCGCUUUUGUUGCAGUCUGCUGGGCUCAGACCCCAGUCCCUUGUGAAUCUCCGAAACAAUGGGAGGGGCGACGUGUGCUGACGGAUCAGUCAAAGGAAUUCCAGGAGAUUGCUAAGUACAGUUAUGACGCCACGAACAUGCGCACGCGCGCCAUUGAAGAGAUCCAGGCCGGUCGUGAACGCAACUAUUAUGACGUACUUCACCUUUAUAAAGAGGACAAGGAAUACAGACUGAAUCUGAAAACAAGGCAGUGUAACGUGACGAAGCCCCGCCACCCCUUCUUCGAGACGCGUGUUCCCCCAGGCUCCAAGUUCCUGUUCGAGGCUGAGGCUGGGGCCGCCGGCAUUCCCGGGGAAUCCCUCACCGUCCAGAACUGGGACAUUACAUUCAGUAACCAAGCCAAAUACGCCAUCGCCGUUACUUCCCCCGACUGUGUGCCAAUCUUCGCCGCCUACGAGAGUAAGGAAGUCGGAUUCCUCAUUGAAAACUUCUUCGACAUUCACGCCGGCAUUGCUGACCCCAGCGCCUUCAUCCCACCAAGCGAGUGCGCUGGGCUGUAAUUUGCAUUACUAUGUAGUUCUUGUUUAGAUAGAUAAAUA